CCCUUUAAACACGCGAAUGCAACAAUAUGGCGGAUCACGUUCUCGCGCCGGCACCCGCGUUGCAUAUCACGCUUUGACUCGUGGCAUUCGGCGGAGUCGCGAAAUCGCGUGCGGAACGCGCACGCACGCACGUAUUCGUCCUCGUUCUCGUGUGCGUGUCGCAUUUUUCGUGGAGAUUCUUCGGUCGCCGCAUUGUGCGCAAAUCGAAUCGGACUGUCGACGGUGCGGCGCGUCCCUGUGAAGAAAAAUCUACUUUCGGCGUUCCUCGUCGCAGCUGUCGCCGUCAUCGACGUCGUCCUCCUCGUCUUCGACUUCGUAUUCUAUCUCUCUCUCUUUCUCUCUCGCUCAGUCAUCCGAUUAUCGAUCAGCAGCACCCGGUAACCCAGCACAGCGAUGUGCCACCGCGGAUGAUGGAGCUGACGGCGCGCGACCUCGCCGAUCAUCGUCGCGGGCGAUCCGCGUCCUCGCGGAACCCCCGUCGCUGCUGAGGAGAGAGACCGAGGAAGAAGGAGACGGAGAUAUAGAGGACCAACAGAAGAGGACGCGCAAGAGUGUGUUUCCGAGUGUGCCGCUGCUUCGCGGAUCAACGACGCUCCGAGUGCUCCGUCCGUACGGCCGUUCGCCGCUGACACUAGUGCAGCUGGUGCUGCAGUAAGGGCCCGAGGAGGAACGUAGACCAUGCCAGGGCCAGGGGCGGAGUGGUGACCUAGACCUCGGCUCCGACCCUCGAUGCUUACGCUACGGCUGGUGUCGACUCACUUCCUGAAGCAGCCAUAGGCAGUGCCCUUCGCCUGAGAGAAGGGGCUAUAUGCGAUGUGCCGUGAUAGGGACAUGAACCCAGAACUAGUCGAAUCGCACGAUCUUCGCUUUACGUUGGCGUCGUCGUCGCCGUCGCCGUAGAACAGAAAAAAAACAGACACGGUCGGCUCGAAAUUUUCACGCGCACGCGAAGGACUCUUCUUUUUCGACAGCCCUUCUCUCUCUCUCUCUCUCUCUCUCUCUCUCUCUCUCUCUCUCUCUCUCUCUCUCUCUCUUUUUCUCUGUCUUUCUUUCUCUUUUUUUCUUUCUCUCUCUCUCUCUCUCCCCCUAUUUCUCUCUCAUAUAUUCAAUCUGAGGCGGGUACUUUUCUCGCCCAGACACAUACACACACACACACACGUACAUUUACAUACAUUACACACAUACACACAUACUCACGCACACGACAUAUAUACGUCCUAGGUACCCCCAUGCGUCGUUCCUUACCCUCAAAGCACGGAAAACGACUACUCGCAUUUGUGAUCCCGACGGAAAUCAAAGUGUGCACGCGGGUAUCGCGUUGCUCGGUGCUCGGUACUCGAUACUCGCCGGUCGCGAACGGGAGCGACGAAGGAGAUCACGGAUCAUAACCCGGAAGAGAAACGGCGCUACCAAUACUCGCGACGAGUCCGCACGAAGGGAAGAAGGACGAAGAAGGGAGGGUAGGAGGAGGAGCGGGACGAGACAACUGCCACGCUGAACUCGGUGUAUUUCAACCUGUGGAGGGUCGCGAGAGAGUGUAUUUGCGGCGGCGGGUCGCGGUGCAGACAAAGUGGGAUGAGACGCCCCCAGCAAGAACAUCUUCAUCAUCACCACCACCACCACCACCAUGUCCACCAUCAUCAUGGAUCCUCAGCAAGUCCCACGCGCUCUCGUCAAGCACAUGAUAAGCCGGAAGCGGAGAGCGAUCCCUUGAAAUCGCGUCCCUUGCAGGACGAAUCCCGUCUCGCUCGCGUGAAGCGCGUCCUGGCGGGUUCGCUGUUGGGCCGCGGCGCGGGAUCCAGCAGGAUCUUCGGCACCCGGCUGGAGCUGAUCGAGUCGUACCUCGACACGGGCGUGCCGUACGUGGUGCACCGAUUAUGCAGCUACAUCGAGACCCACGGCUUCCAGAGCGCGGCGGUGUUCCGGCUGUCGGGCGGCAGUCCCAGACUGGCGGAGAGACUCAGGGCCGCCUUCGAGAGGAGAGGCGACGCCGACCUGGAAGGCGCCGCGUGCCCUCCGACCGCGGCGACCCUUCUCCGGCAGUACUUGAAGGAACUUCCGCAACCCGUCGUGCCGUCCACCCUAGUCGGGAGACUGCUUAACGUACACGCCCAGGAUUACGCGAACGAUCACGAGACCUGGAUCGCCUCGACAAAAGAGCUGCUGUCGACUCUGCCCUCCUCCCACUAUCGUCUGCUCGGUUACCUGGCGAUCUACCUUAGCAGAUACGAGGCGCGACAUGGACGUAGCGCCGGUGUCUGCGGCGUCUUCGCGCCGGUCAUUCUGCCGCAUGUACCACCCGCGACCACUCUUCUGCGAGACAUCCUCGCCGAGGCGCUGGUGUUGUUCCCCGACUGUAUCCGUGAAAAUACAGUGAACGGUGUGCUGCCUGCCAGCGACUGCAAGAUCUGCAAGGACACCAAGGACGAGCCGAAGGACUCCGAGGGCACGUUCCUACUUUGCGCGCUGAAACCGCGCAAGCGCAAGGAACGUCGCGAGUCCUGCUGCCAGGAACGAAAGCUAAUAAGGAGCAGCAGCGAGGAACGUGUGCUCGACAGUCCCACCGACGUCGCGGAUACGAUUAGACGCGUGAGCAGCCACGAGGAUUUCAACAGUCAGGAGCAUUUGCACAUCUUAUCGCAGCUCAGCCAAGACAUGGGCCACGGCGUGAGAUGCGGCGGUUUGCCGCUGCACGAGAGGACCAAUGUUUCGCCGGUCUCGAAAAAAGCGUCGUCGGUGCCGUCGCCGUGCGAAGUUGUCGUGGCGACUGAGAAGUAUGACUGCGACGCCGAGAGAUUGCGGAGCAGCGAGCGCUUCAGCAGAAGCAUCACUCCAAGAGGCAGGAGGCAAGCGCGCAAAAGGAGGGUGCACAGAGUCCCGGACGCGGACCCGAGUUCCAGCAAGGAAAAUGAGGAGGAAUCUGAAAAUAUGUACAUCUCCAACAUGUCACCAAGUCCCACCAGCCAUAAUGGCUCGCCCGCUCAAAGCUUCUUGGAGAUGUUGAGCAGUGGACCGAGCAGGUCACCAUCACCAGCUCGUCCACCUACUGUCGAUCACGAAGAUGUAAAUAAUCCCAGUUUGACUAACUGGGGCUUCCAACAUCUAGAGGGAAAUGAAGAGGCCGUUGACGCUCGAGUGGAAGCUAUGUUGUCACCGCGGAACUCGCUGCUCCUUCCCAGGAGAUUUUACUCCGAGGAGGAGAUGCAACCGAGCACGCCCAGCCCGUCGGAGCUGGGACUGAAGAAUCUGGCGAAGCACAUCAAUGGUCUGAAGAAGAAGAUCAAAAAGUACGAGGACGAGUUCGAGGAGAACUUUGGCUAUCGACCGAGUCACUCCGAUAAGAUGAGCAAUCGCGACAUCAAGCGAUUGUGUACGGAACUGAAUAAAUUGCGGAAGGAGCACAAGAUGCUGAAGGAAGAUCCGAUAGGUGCUCUCUUGGCGUUUGGCAACAAUCGGCAGGUGAACGUCGCUGAUACCGGCAGUCCUGUCAACAACAACAAUAGCCACGAGAAAUCCAGAGCUACAUCAAUGGAAGAAAUGGUGAUGGAAGUGGAAAAGAAGCUCAAUGAAAAGCGGAUCAAGUACAAUCGGCCGGAUAACAUGGAAGAGCUCAGCUACGAACAAUUGGUGGACGAGAAGACAGCCGUGCAGAAGGCGUUGCUCCACAUUGAGAGUACCUUCGGUAGACCGGUUUCUAAGGAAGAUCGAGCAGUUGUGCGACCAUUGUACGACCGGUACAGAACCUUGAAAAGGUUGCUCAUCAGAGCGGGCGCGAGCAAAAACAAGGACAGCGUUUCAGAAUUAGCUACGAUUUUGGAGCACGAAACGAUGGAUUUCACAUCAUCGAGUUUGCCGGGAAAUCCGGUGGAUGUCGACAGAAGAGCCAGCGAGCCCGACAUGUCUCACCGAGGUAUUCUAGAUUGCAUCGAUCCUGCGGAUCAAUUACCAACUGACAGCGACAGCCAGCAUAGCAGCAGCGAGGGCAGUCGCGGCGCCGGUGAAAGUUUACACGCUCUUCCUCAAGAAGAAUUACUAGCACAGCAACGGGCUACUCGCGAAGAGAAGAAACGACUUCGUAGAGCACUGAAAGAAUUGGAAGCUCAAUUCGAAGCUCGGGCAGGCCGCCGGAUGCAACGAGAGGAUCGGGGCCCGCAAGUCACCACCGUCUACGAGUCCUACAAGCAAGCGAAGGCGAAGCUCAGACUGAUUGACGCUCUUAUAGCCAAGAAGGCUUGACGAAGUAUUUAAUGCACGCAACGUAACGUAACGGCGAGCUGGCUUAAGAAGUGACGAAUUGUCGAGAAAUUCUUGAACCGAGCUUCGGUUAUCUGUACAAUGGGACAUGUUUGUUUGUUGUAUACCAUGAACGCGAGCCAACGUACAGGUCGCUGCGAUUUCUCUAUCGCAACUGAUCCUGUAUCAGAUGAUUGAGGGAAAGUCCGCGGAAACAAUCCGAUCAGGCAGUUUCUUACAGAAGCGAGUAGUAAUGGUAGUGCACGCAGCGAGACUCUAUUGUCGUCCAGAAUCAAGAAAAAGGAUUUUCAGAGGCAGAGAGAACGUGGUAGGAUGAGAUACGUGCAAAUGUGAGAUUUUUUUCGCUUUCGCGAGUUCGCGCGUACUCGUCUCUCUUGUCGUUUUUUUUUCGAUCGUAGAUUCCGUAUCACACUCGAGAAAUAGUAUGUCGGAUGUCUUCGAUAUUAACACAACGUGACUUGUGUUUCAGGCAUUGUUGUUUUUAUAAAUAUAUGUGGAUACGUUGGAGAUAUGAAUUAACAGAGUAUAGUGCGCAACACAAUACGUUUACAGAGUCAAGGACACUAACAAGGUACACACGUAUACAGACACAUACAUACACAUUUGAGCGCUUUAAGCAUCGAUAAGUCUAGAGAGUAAAAUGAUUAUUGCAUAUGGGAUAGUUGUGAAUCUUAUUAUGCAUCUUACAGUACGUCUUACGGUGCGUUGUAUAUCCGACAAGUCUCAUUUGUUACAAAAAUAUUUCCACUCGACUAUCCUCUAUUUAGUUAUCUUCUCCCUCUCUCUUUAUUGGAGAAAGAGAUAAUUAAUCUCUCUCUAUACACAUUGGAGUAAAUUUUCCAUACCCGCUAAAGGAAAGUUAGACGCUUGUUUUGAUAUAUUCGUGAUUGAUCAAUGUUUAAUCGAUCGACUGUAAAGCAAACGAAAGAAAAGAGAAAACAUGAAAUGUACUUAUAUUUUUUAUAUAUGUUCAUGACAAAGAUUUGUCAGGUUUGUUUAUACUUAAAAUAUCAAGUUUUAUAACGACGAUCACGUGAACGGAUGUCAAACGAACGAAUGCCUAAUGUUAAUGGACUUGUCACUUGAGAUCAUUAAGACUAAAACUAACUCCAGAUUAAGAUAUUGUCAAAAUGCAUACCAGAAAAAUCUUUCGAUUUUGGAGGGAUAUAUCGAGCAACAAUUUCCAAACUUCCAAAAACCUAUAAUAUAUACUUUCAUAUCUGCAAUAUUUUAAACUUUGGGAAGAAUGACAUUCGCUGGAUUAUCGUUUUUCAUUAUCACCAUUGAGAUAAGAGUGUUUUAAUUGUUUUUACUAUUUAAUAGUCAGCCGAUGUAACCUGAUCAUUUCACCGAUGAUCAAUAUUGUAUCGAUAGGACUUAAAGGGGAGCAGAGGAUACACACAAGAAAGCGGACGUAACGUAACGAUUAACAUUUAUAGUGAACCCGAUAUUUAUUUUAUCAUCGUAAAGUAAUCGCUGAAUUCUAACGCUGAGAGUAAAGAACGAAUGUGUGGGGUUAUACUCGUAAUGUAAGUACCUUGUAAGAGAUAUCACAUGUUGUAAUUGUAGAGUACUAUAAAAUGUUACGAUCUUAAUAAGGUAUUAAAAGAAAAAAAAAAGAAGAAAAUAUUCACUAAAAAAGCUCGUUGAUUUUUGCGUUUAUAUUUUUGUACAAGUACGAUUUUAAGGCCGUUCGCGCAGCGUAUACACAACCGACAGGGAUUACCGUAAACGCCUUAAAAUUCCGCUUGACCGAUUUUUUCACAUAGAGUCUCAAAUCAAGGGUGCUAAUGGCUUGAGUUCUAUACAGCGUGUCGACUAACACACAAAAAAAGAAAUGCUUUGUGAGUCUUACUAAGUUGCAAUCGCGUCGAAAGGGUCCUUGCGUUUUCUGCAACGUCACGCUUAUGAAAUCGGCAAUCGGUCGUCUCGAAAUUGAAGAUCUCAAUAUGUAAUCGAAUCGCGAAGGUUUUCAAUCUUUUCUUUCCCUUUUUCUUUUUCUUGCGAGAGGACACUUACAGCACGCAACGAACUACACCGCUGUAUCUUUCGAAAAAUUGCGUAAUGCUCAAAAUUAUAAAUGAGAAACCAUUUUAUUACGAUAAUAACUCAAGAGAUGCCGCAUAUGUUGUACGUUUAUGAGAAACUUCGAAACUUCAUGUGUUUCAUCUAGAUCGUUUGCGCUUUUAGCAGUUUUCGCACAUCGGAUACAUAUUGCAGGUUUUACAUCGAAUUUUUCAUGAGAAGACAGAAAUCGAGACGGAAGACGAACAACCCCGCCUUUCGCGCGCUGACUUUGUACAUCCGUAGCCGAAAAAUUGACAAAAUUAAUAACAAGAAUAUUAGAAUUGACGUCAGCGAGACCGAUUGAAAACACGUGAACGCGCGAAAACUUUGUCCGUUUAUACUAAUCAAUACAAAUGAGGAGCAUACAAACAAACAAAAAGAGAAAAAACGAAAAAAUUUUUUAGACCAAAGCAUUUUUUAGUCUGUGAUAUAAUGAGAACUAUACUUGCGUUAAGAUGGGGAAAUGUAUGAUGUAUGAAGAAGACUCGAUUACAUUUCUUUUCUUUUUCCCUUAUAAAAACGAUUGUUUGGAACAUGGAAGUGGAAGGGAAUAGAUCUUUCCACGUCGUUCCCCCCGCGGAGAGAUGAUCGAGAAGUCGGCGAUCUCUCGCGGGAGAUCUUACGGUGAGAUGAUGAUAGCUUAAAUGAAAACCGCGUCCUUUCUCGGAAGAACGGGUGGAGGUAGACUAUUUAACACGAAGAACACACGGAAUGGGGAGCAAUUUGACUUUUCGUCGAUACAAUGGAAGAAAUGAACAAACACAAAGACGGAUAUCGUAGUAAAAAUAAAAAAAAAAGAAAAGAAAGGAAAAGAAUCGCGAACACAUUGUAGCUGGUCGAUCUUCGAAUUUCAUUUAUUUAAUGAAGAUGAGUUUAAUUCAUCUGUAUUAUGCGACAGCAUAUUUUUCAGUGUCAGUCCUCCAUGAUUGGACUGUCACGGACGAUAUCAAAUGCCUGACGAGCUUUUAUCACCACGUCGGCACAAGAUCAUCUGCGUCGCGUUUCUCGCGAUUAUCGCCUCCAGCCGUACUGCCAAAGGGACUGCUAUUCGCACGAGGAGAAAUUAAUUUUGUAUUCGACGCCACAGAAAUGUUCUUGUUUCCCGUGGGCGUACUUGAGCCACACUUUCCUCCCUCCGCCCCCUCCCCUUCCCCACUCCCUUUCUCCACAAUAAAAAAGAGAGAGCAAAUUAAUAUUACCGUAGAUCUAAGAUAACGUUUUAUAUAUUAACGUUAAUUAAGGUACAUUUGGUAGCGUAUAGAAACAUGUCUUUACGCAUAAGAUUGGAUUGCGUGAGAUUCUGUGUAGCUGCUUUGAGAGAAAGAAUGUGUGUGUGGGUGUGUGUGAGAGAGACAGAGAGAGAGAGAGAGAGAGAGAGAGAGAGAGAGAGAGAAAGGAGAGACAUUUAAGAAUAAGAGGAUCGAGACAGAAAGAGGAAUGGGGAGAAAUUUUAUUUAGUCAAGCUAAGAGAGGCACUUCGGAGAAUCGGAUAGAUUACGAAUCGUUGAAUUAGUACUUAAACUUAAAGAGAGAAAAAAAUAGAGACGCUAGAGAUGCUACUCCAUGCGGAUCACAUGAUCUCCGACGAACAUAUCUAGAGACUUAGAAUCUUGUGAUCAGGAGAGAAAGAGAGAGAGAGAAAGAGAGAGAGAGGAAGAAAAAGAAGGAACCCAAAAUAUGAAUAAAAAAAGGGAAAUCAAUAGCGACAUAACGAUUAGUUUUUCUCAGGUUUUCAUCGUACCAUGCUGCACGUAAUUGCAACUGAUAAUUGCAAUCGACCGUGAGCCAUAACGGCGAAACGUCUAUCUUAGCGGGGAAUCUUAAAUCAUCUUUGACGUUUAUACACAUUACACACACGCAAAAUAUGGGGAUUACGUGUAUAUACAUAUAUAUAUAUAUAUAUACAUAUAUAUUGUAUGUAUAAAUACAGGCAGCUGUGCGCA